AUGAAUUAUCUAUCUCAAUUAGGGAAAUUGUUUUCUUUAGAAACAUUGGAUACUCGAUUAAACCCAACCACUAAUCCAAUUAAACGACAAUCAAUUAUCAAAAAAGCUAAUCCUACUUCAAGAUGGUCAACUUUAGAAUUUAAAAUAUAUUUAACCAUUCUUAUUAUUGUGGUACCAUUAAUGAUUAAAGCUGCUAUGGAAUCAUCUAAUGAAACUAAUCCAAAUUAUCCACGAUUUCAACAUUUAUUAAGUGAUGGAUGGAUUUUGGGACGUAAAGUUGAUAAUUCUGAUCAACAAUAUCGAUUUUUCAGAAACAAUUUCCCAUUAUUAUGUGGAUUAAUAUUUAUUCAUGUUACAUUGAGGAAAUUGAUUAAUACAUUUAUAAUCAUACCGAAUGGCAGGUACAAUAAUAAUUUUAAACGAACUUAUUUUGAUUUAAUAUUUGGAAUUAUAUUUCUUAUUGGAGCUCAUGGAAUAAAUGUUUUUAAAAUUCUGUUUCAUUUAUUUAUAAAUUAUUUAAUUGGGAAAUAUAUUAAAAAUUAUAAAUUGGCUAUUUGGUGUACUUGGAUAUAUGGGAUUUUUUCAUUAUUUUUCAAUGAAUGGUUUGGUGAUUCAAGUUUUGGCUUAUCAAUUUUUGUCAACGGAAGUGGUUAUUAUACUGGGAUUAUACCUCGUUGGGAUGUAUUCUAUAAUUUCACUUUAUUAAGAAUGCUUUCAUUUAAUUUAGAUUAUAUUGAACGAGAAAGGAAACUUGGUAAUAAUGACGGACAACUCAAUCUUAACAAACAAGAAAACAUUAAUGGAGCUGAUAAUCCUCCAACACUACUUAAUUUAGAUGAUCGUCAAAGAUUAUCAGCUCCAUUACCAUUGGAUGAUUAUAAUGUGUCAAAUUAUAUCGCUUAUAUUUCCUAUACUCCAUUAUUUAUAGCUGGUCCUAUUAUUACAUUUAAUGAUUAUGUAUAUCAAUCCAAUUACCAACAAUCUUCAACAACACAAAAUUAUCAACGAAUUUUCAUGUAUGCCAUUAGAUUUCUAUUUUGUUUAUUAGUGAUGGAAUUUUUAUUACAUUUCAUGUAUGUUGUUGCUGUAUCUAAAACAAAAGCUUGGGAUGGUGAUACACCAUUUCAAAUAUCAAUGUUGGGGAUGUUUAAUUUAAAUCUUAUUUGGUUGAAAUUAUUAAUUCCUUGGAGAUUAUUUCGAUUAUGGGCAUUAUUAGAUGGUAUUGAUCCACCAGAAAAUAUGAUUCGUUGUAUGGAUAAUAAUUUUUCGGCAUUAGCAUUUUGGAGAGCUUGGCAUCGAUCUUAUAAUCGUUGGGUUAUUAGAUAUAUUUAUAUUCCUAUGGGUGGUAGUGGCACGGGGAAAUAUAGAAUCAUCAACAGUUUAUUAGUGUUCAGUUUUGUUGCUAUUUGGCAUGAUAUUGAAUUGAAAUUAUUAAUGUGGGGGUGGUUAGUGGUAAUUUUUUUGAUUCCAGAAAUUCUGGCAACAUUGAUAUUUUCAAAAUAUAAUAAGAAUUGGUGGUAUAGAUAUUUAUGUGGAAUUGGUGCUGUAAUUAAUAUUUGGAUGAUGAUGAUUGCUAAUUUGGUAGGGUUUUGUUUAGGUACUGAUGGAAUGUGGAAAUUAUUACAUGAUUUAUUCCAAACUUUUGAAGGUGGAAGAUUUUUCAUAAUUUCUUCAAUUUGUUUAUUUGUUGGGGCACAAAUUAUGUUUGAAUUAAGAGAAUCAGAAUUAAGAAGAGCCAUUGAUGUAAGGUGUUAA